CCACCUGUCAGUGUCCAUCAGUGCCAGCUGCCAGUGCUGAACAGUGCCACGUGCCAGUGCCACAUCAAUGCCACAUAUCAGUGCCUACCAGUGCACAUCAAUGCCACAUAUCAGAGCCCAUCUGAGCUGCCUUUCAGUGUCACCUAUCAGUGCCAGUCAGUGCCACCUAUGAAUGCCAAUCAUCAGUGCCGCCUAUCAGUGCCAUCAGUGCCGCCUAUUAGUGCCCGCCAGUGCCUCCUAUCAAUGUGCCAGUCAGUGUCGCCUAACAGUGUCAGUCAGUGCCACCUAACAGUGCCAGUCAGUGCUGCCUAUCAG